AUGAAACCACUCACAACCACCACCAAGCUCUUGUUCAUGCACAAGGAACCAGAGAACAAGAACAGAACAGGGUGGGUCACUUUCUGUGUGGUUUUUGCUAUUGCAUUAUCUGCAAGAGUUUAUGGGGAAAUGGGUCAUAUUAGCCCUUCUACCUCCACUCCCUACGCCCAUCCACCUCACUCUACCCACUUUCUUCACACACUUUCAAAAAUUGACCUUGAGUAA